AUCCGACCCGGAAGACACUAAAUGGCCAGCAAAAGAAUACAAAACCGAAUGAGUUAACGACCGAUAACUUAUCUUUUAGUGUAUACUGCUGUUUUGGCCUAUAACAACAAACGUCUUUGUGUAAAAUCGACCUGUCCCUGUAUCCAUGGAGACCCCGGAGCCCGGUCCAGCGGAUGGAGAGGAGCGAUUGGUCGAGCUGAGGCCUCGGACUCGCUCCAAUCCGGAGGGGGCGGAGGACCGUCGUAGCAGCACCGGUAGCCUUGGCAGCGUCAACGCCAACACCCCGCAACCUGCAGUGGGCAGCCGUGUGGAGGGCGAGGGGGAGGCAUCUAGCAGUGACAGUACUCCGAUCUCCACCACGAUCACCACCACCGUUUCUGUUACCUCCGUGCCAGCUGCUCUACCCACGGCAGCCACCACGGCUAACUCCACAGUGCCAACCCCUACACCUGCUGUUGCCAAGGAUAGGCCUAAGCCCGCCCAGCCGCAACCCCCUCUCACACCCUCCAUCCCCUCCAUAUCGGAGUACCAGCUCAGAGCCCCUCGAGUCAACUGUCCUGAGAAAGUGAUUAUUUGUUUGGAUCUUUCUGAAGAGAUGUCUUUGCCAAAACUGGAGUCGUUCAACGGGUCGAAAACCAACGCUCUAAAUAUAUCUCAGAAGAUGAUCGAGAUGUUUGUCCGGACGAAACACAAGAUCGACAAGCGCCACGAGUUUGCCCUGGUGGUCGUCAACGACGACGCCCUGUGGUUGUCAGGCUUCACCUCUGACCCCAGGGAGCUGUGUAGCUGUCUGUACGAUCUGGACACCAACAUGUGUGAGACCUUUAAUCUGGAAGAUCUCCUUAAUGUCAUCCAUCAGAAGAUCGAGCUGCCUCUGAUGGACAACGUUCAGACCAUCCCCCCUCCCUUCGUGGUGCGGACGCUGCUCAUCUACAGCAGACACGCCGGCCAGCUCAUGUUCAACCCCUCGGAGGCCAUCAGUAAAAUGCUGCAGUCUCCGUACUUCUUCUUUGAUGUGGUGUAUCUUCACAACGGGGCUGAGGACCAGGGGGAUGAGAGCAGCUGGAGGGACAUCUACACAUCCUUCUGUAACCUGGACUCCAAGGGCAUGUGCUACCGCUUCGAGGUGUCUCUGAGCGGACCCGCCAUCGAGCUCCACAACUGCAUGGCCAAGCUGCUGUCUCACCCCUUGCAGCGGCCCUUCCAGAGCCACGCAUCCUACAGUCUGCUGGAGGGAGACGACCCCCAGGACAUAGAGGCCACGGUCUAACCCCUGGCUACCCCGGCAGAGAGCCACACAGUGGGGGCUUGGAGGUAGGGAUUGGGAGGGGUGGUGGGUGUUGUCCUGGUUCCCAGCCCGGUGCUGGUACAUUUGAGUAGAAUUCCAGCCAAACCUUCGCUGUCCUGAUUCACGUCCUUAAAGAUGAAUUGGAUGUGCUGAGCUUGGAGAGGUGGUGUUGUGGAGCGCUGGAUUAACUAGAAUGCAGGCCAAGCCAAGCUGACAAGGGAAGAAGAUGAGUUGCCCCAUCUGGUUGAAAACCCAAACGGCUGAGUUUACAGUCUUAAUGAAUGCAAUCUCCCAACAGUGAGCAGAUGCAUCUCUGGCUUUUUGAGAAUUUGAAAUGUACGCUAUACUGUAUUUAAAGAGUAUAAUUGCUGUACAGGCUAACUUGAGGUUGGACUUGGAAGCUUAGCUGAACAUGUCUACUCAAUGUAAACUGUGAUCCAUUUUACACCUACAUCCUAUAGUGGGUUUGCCUUGUCUGAUAAGUUGUUCAUUGUACAUUGUUCUUUCUGUUAGGUUGACUUCUGUCAGUCAUUUUUUUUUUUUUUUAUUGGUGGUUUUUAAACACAUUUGUUGUUGUUUAAUCAUUGGAACUGAGAUGAUUCAAGAAUGUGCAUUUGGUGUGGGUUGGAUAGAUGCUACUUUUGACAAUGAUCACAAAGGGGUUUUAAUAAUGAAAACACUGCACUAGAAGUGUGAUAAAUCGACAAGGCAGUUUCAAAUCGGUUCUGUUCAUUAAAUUCAUGUUUUGUCUCAAAA